AUGACCAAAUAUGCAGUUCACAAACUGAAACUAAAUUUAGAAAUUAAAGAGUUGGGGAACAUUACUCUCUACCUAGGAAUUCAAAUAGAGCGGGAAGAGGAUGGAAGCUAUCUUAACCAAAGUCAGAAAAUGACAGAAAUAUUAGAACGGUUUCACAUGCAAGAUGCAAAGGAAGCGAGAACACCAAUGGAACCAGAUUAUCCGAAAAACAAUGGAGCAAAAAACUUGUUACCUAACAAUGAUUAUUACCGCAGGGCAAUCGGAAAAUUGCUAUACAUCGCCACUGUGACAAGACCAGACAUCGCCGUAGCAGUGGGAAUACUUUGCAGGAAAGUCGCAACACCGUGUCAAUGCGACUGGAACGCAGUAAAGAGGGUAAUGCAGUACCUAAAGGGAACAAAUCGGAUGAAGCUGCGACUUCCAGCAUCAUCAAGCCCAAAACUGAUUGGAUAUGUGGACGCCGAUUGGGCUGGAGACACCACUGACUGCAAAUCUACAAUCUUCCAGUAUGGACAAGGAACAAUAAGCUGGUCUAGUUGGAAACAAGUGACUGUUGCACUCUCUUCAACUGAAGUGGAAUUCAUAGCAGCUGCACCUUACACACUCUGA